CUCACCGAUACCACAAAACGCACACUCUCGGUGCAUCACACCUCGCACCCUCUCUGCUGCGCCCUAGUUCCGCACAGCGCGCCACGCGACACUCGCCGUCGCCCUCGGACCCCUCGCCGCUUCGCCCCACCCUCGCUGCGCCAGCAUGGUCAAGGAGACCAAGUUCUACGACCUUCUCGGCGUCAAGCCGGAUGCGUCCGAGAGCGAGCUGAAGAAGGCCUACCGCAAGAAGGCGCUUUCGCUCCAUCCCGACAAGGGCGGUGACCCGGAGGCCUUCAAGGAGGUCACGGGUGCCUACGAGGCGCUCUCUGACCCGCAAAAACGCGAGAUGUACGACCGCUUCGGCGAGGCCGGCCUGAGCGAGGGCGGCGGCAUGGGCGGCGGCAUGGACCCGCAAGAUCUCUUCUCGCAGCUCUUCGGCGGCGGCGGCGGUGGCUUCUUUGGCGGCGGUGGCGGCGGGCGCCGCGGCCCGCAAGGCCCGCGCAAGGGCAAGGACCUGCUGCACCGCGUCAACGUGUCGCUGGAGGAGCUGUACGUGGGCAAGACGACGAAGCUGGCGCUGCAGAAGCACGUGCUCUGCGGCAAGUGCGACGGGCGCGGCGGCAAGGAGGGCGCGGUCAAGACGUGCAACGGCUGCAACGGCCAGGGCAUCAAGGUGGUGCUGCGGCAGCUCGGCCCGAUGGUGCAGCAGAUGCAGCAGACGUGCCCCGAGUGCCAGGGCGCCGGCGAGAUCAUCAACCCCAAGGACCGCUGCAAGGGCUGCAGCGGCAAGAAGAUUGUGCAGGAGCGCAAGGUGCUCGAGGUGCGCAUCGACAAGGGCAUGGCCGACGGCCACCAGAUCAAGUUCAAGGAGGAGGCCGACCAGGCGCCAAACACGAUUCCCGGCGACGUCAUCAUCGUCGUCGAGGCCAAGCCGCACCCGCGCUUCAAGCGCCGCGAGAACGACCUCUUCGUCGAGGUCGAGGUGGACCUGCUGACGGCGCUUGCCGGCGGCAAGGUGGUGAUUGAGCACCUCGACGACCACGCGCUGAGCGUCGAGAUCCCGCCGGGAGAGGUUGUCAAGCCGGGCGCGCUCAAGGUGCUGCGCGGCCAGGGCAUGCCGUCGUACCGCCACCACGAGAUGGGCGACAUGUACGUGACGCUCUCGGUGGCGUUCCCCGAGACGCUGCCGCUCGACAAGCUGGCGCUGCUGGAGCAGGUGCUGCCGGCGCGCCGCGCGCUGCCGAAGCUCAAGAACGAGGCAGACGUCGAGGACGUGCUGAUGGACGACGUCGACGAGCGCGAGGCGCGCAACGCCAAGGGCUCGCACCAGCACGGCAACGGCAUGGACACGGACGAGGACGAUGGCGAGGGCGGGCCGGGCGUGCAGUGCGCGCAGCAGUAGGCGUGUGCGCUCUGUCGUGUGCGUCUCUCUCUCCGGUCCCUCAUUCCCGCCGCGGUCACUCUAUUUCCCUCUCUCUGUGCGACGCGCUCUGCGCGGCAUCAGACUGUGCCUCUCCACGUUCAGCGUCAUCUCCCCUCCAUCCCUCUCUGCAUGCGCUUUGGAGCCCCGUCGCAAUCUCAGGCCCUAGACUAGCGCGCGGUGUGUGGCGGUGGGUCUCUAUGAG